CCCGUUUUAAUUCUGUGAUUUACUCAGAAGAAAGUCUCUCACUCCAUUCUGCCUUUGUUUAGGCUGAAAGUGAAGAAACUAAGGAGCGUCUGUUUGAAUCCAUGCUCAGUGAAUGUCGGGACGCCAUCCAGGUUGUGCGGGAAGAGCUCAAGCCGGAUCAGAAACAGAGAGAUUAUACCCUUGAUGGGGAGUCGGGGAAGGUGUCUAAUCUUCAAUACCUGCACAGCUACCUGACUUACAUCAAGCUGUCGACAGCAAUCAAGCGUAAUGAGAACAUGGCCAAAGGUCUGCAGAAGGCUCUGCUGCAGCAGCAGCCGGACGAUGACAGCAAGCGCUCCCCCCGGCCCCAGGACCUGAUCCGGCUCUACGACAUCAUUCUACAGAAUUUGGUGGAAUUGCUCCAGCUUCCUGGCUUAGAAGAGGACAGAGCCUUCCAAAAAGAGAUAGGCCUUAAGACGCUGGUAUACAAAGCUUACAGGUGUUUUUUCAUUGCUCAGUCCUAUGUGCUGGUGAAGAAGUGGAGCGAAGCCCUUGUCCUAUAUGAUAGAGUCCUGAAGUAUGCAGAUGAAGUUAAUUCCGAUGCUGGCGCCUUCAAGAACAGCCUCAAGGACCUGCCUGGCGUACAAGAGCUCAUCACUCAAGUGCGGUCGGAGAAAUGCUCCCUGCAGGCCGCGGCCAUCCUAGAUGCAAAUGACUCCCAUCAAACAGAGACUUCCUCUCAAGUCAAAGACAAUAAGCCUCUGGUUGAACGGUUUGAGACAUUCUGCCUGGACCCUUCCCUUGUCACCAAGCAAGCCAAUCUCGUGCACUUCCCACCAGGCUUUCAGCCUAUCCCUUGCAAGCCUUUGUUUUUUGACCUGGCCCUCAACCACGUGGCUUUCCCACCCCUUGAGGACAAGUUAGAGCAGAAGACCAAGAGUGGCCUCACUGGAUACAUCAAGGGCAUCUUCGGAUUCAGAAGCUAACCAGGCUCUUCCUCGGGGGCAGGGGGAGAUUCUGACUCUUAACCUGUAUUGUGAGAAAACCCCAGCAAGUUCCAUGAUAUUAAAUCCAAGUCUGAUUGGCCCAGGACAGGCAUUUAACAUCUUUAGCCCUGCGUUUCCACAUCUUGUGUGUUUGUGCACUUACAUUCUUAACCAGUGUGUUCGGAGGACACCCUGUCGUCUUCUGGUGGAUGUAGGCAGGGUCACGCUGUUUCCUGUACCUCCUGGGAGAGGGCCCGCUACUGUCUGGUCCCCUGUGAGGCGUGGUUGAUUACCUUUGGUCAGUAAUAUGUUCAGGGGCUUCACACCCGGCACGGACGGGGCCCCGGAACUCUUUGUCAUGUUUCUUCAGUACUGUGGAUUUGAAAUGAACUCAUCCUUGCUGUGAGCAUCCAGAAUCCCUUGAGAAGUUUGUCUGUGACUAUGGAACAUUGGCAAUGUCACCCCAGAAUUACGGUCAGCCUUAUUCCUCUUCACCUUCAAGUGAACACUAAGAAGUUUCAGAAUAAGCAGAGAGCUCUAUUUUUAGAAGAAAUAUGUUACACUCAGAAAUGAUGAAACCAAAUCUUAUAUUAAAAGCAAAGAUGAUGGAGACUGUGCCCAUUUUUUACAUGCCCUUCCUCACGUCCAGUCCCAGCUCUCUACUCAGGGACCUGGUUGUAUGACCCCGUGAGGUCAAGUGUAUUCUGAUUUCCUGGCAGCUGGGUGUGGCUAUUGCCAGAUUUGGAUGUGUUAGAGGCACUGUUUUUAAAGAGUUCCCAGUCUGUAAUUUUUAGAUGCCAUUACUUUUUAAUCAAUCUCUUCCUUACUCUCUCAUUUUUUCCUUAGUCAUCCUUUUCUAUUUCUAUUACAGCAUCAAUAAUAGAAGUCACAAAAGUAAUGUAAAACAAGGAAUAAAAGUGAUUUAAGUAUGAGAUGUA